UUCGCUCGUAUCGGUGAGACUCGCGUAAAAGAAUAGGAAGAAAAAAAUUAUUUCUCGGUGCGAUUCGUCGUCGUCGUCGCCUUGUUGAAAAAGGGAAAAUUUUCCUAUUUGCUACUGUCGGGUUUCACGGGGAAUCCGUUCCGAAAGUGUUACUAUCUAUUAACGACCAAUUAGCGUUGGGAAGAUUGUGGUUUGUGCAAAUCUUUCGGUGUGCACCGUUGAUUUUUUUUUUCUGCGGAGCCAUCCAUCUUCUCUUUUCCUUUGGCGAGUCUUUAUAUUGUGUGAUUGUAUGAUGGUGGCGCAGGAAGUGUAAAAAGAGUGCAAUAUUUUGUUGGUCCGGAACGACGAAAAUCGGAGAUUGCGAACGGCCCCGAGCUUAGUGCCCCCGAGUGCCGUUUCGCUUCACCGUACCCAAAUGUAGUCGGUAUUGCGAAGUUUUUUUUUAUGCCUGUGAGUGCCCUCUUGCUGCCACAAAGCAGAGUCUCCACGGCACGGGAGUAGUGAAAAAUUUCUUUUUUCUCCGUGGUUAUCGUUUUGUUCCUCGUUGGACGGGGAAGAAGCAAAAAACGAAAAGCGGUGCAAUUCGUAAAACAAGAAAGAAAAAGCAGAAGAAGGAGAAGUAACAGUAGUAGCAAGAAGUAGACAAAGAAGAAGAGUCUUCAAGGCGAAGGAGGGACAACUGGCAAAAAUUCUUUCAUUGGGCUCCGAAUGAACGACACAUAGCAGAAUAGAAGAAGAAUCAGCGUGAAAGUAAAGUAGUGAAACACCCUUUUCUGAUGUAAGAAGUCCGCCAACAAAAGAAACAUCAACAACAAUAAGACAACAAUCCUUGAUUAAGGACAUAGAUACGAGGAAAAAAAGAAAAGUAAAAGGGCUGCUUCAUUAAUAAAGUUCCGAACUACAGGAAGUUUGAAACGGACAAAUUUGUUGUUGGCUGAAACAGCAACAAACGAUUUUGACGAUUGUUCUUUUUAGAGCAAAAAUUUCAACUUGGAACUGAGAAGAUAGAUUGAAAUUCCGCAGAACAAAGCGAAAAAGCAUCAACAACAUCGACACGUUCUUUUGUUCGUUUGAGAAAACUUUGAGACUGGAUCCUGAAAGCAUUUCUUGUGAUUUGAUACGUUCCGUAUGAAUCCGGACUCUACCGAAGGCAAAACGGAAUUUAAAGUUGGAUCUAAAUUUUUAAAAAUUGACUUUGCUGACAACCGCAAACGGAAAUCAUCACAAACAACCCUAGACUUGCUACUCUUGUGCAAUCGGACAGAGUAACCAAACUUUAAGCUUGAAACUCGACAUUUUUACGGAAAGCAAAAGGUCAUAAAUCACAGCCCUAUCUGGCCGCGUCCUGACUUGAGAGUAGUCAUCAAAUGUACUGCUGGAAAUGAUUAUUACAAAGGACGAAGUUGUAAACUGGUUCAAAGAUUUGAGGAGCUACAACCGGAUAGAUACGAUGUGCACUCUGCUCAAUAUGUGCCUUCCAUUCGAGCUGCGCUUUCUGGGCACCUGCCUGGAGGAAUUGGGCCGGCGCGAUGCCCAGGAGUUGCGGGGAGCCGAUCUGCGGAUUAAUAAUCCGCAGGAGUUCCUCAUCGACAUUGCUUCCUGCCAGAGCGGGGAACCCACGGAUGUGAAGAUUCGGCGUAGGAUGGCACUGUUCCUGUCGCUGCUUCGGGCCUGCAAUCAUACCUGCGUCAAUGAGCUCUUCAAGACGCUAGAAAGCUGGGACAAUCGGGACUUUAAUCGGGUCCUAGAUGAGGACGGUUUGCAGGAGCUGCUGCUGGUCUACACCAUGGCUACCAACCAUCCGGUGUUUAGCUUCGAGCAACGCAUGAAAUGUGCCGAUUUUUAUAAAAAGCUUAGCAGUUGUGAGCUGAAACCGAUGACACCGGAAACGGUGGAUCUAACGAAUACGACGCCCCCACCACCAUCCAUACAACAACACCAGCAGCAGCAACAGCAACAACAGAAUUCUGCUCAGCCACCGCAGCAGCAAAGUCACUCGGUGCCGCCUCCGCCACAGUCCCACGGAAUGCAAAUGCCCCUGCCACCCCCACAACAGCAACAGCAGGCUCCUCCGCCAGGGCCAACGCAUACGCCACUUCCGAUUCCGGGUUUCCCGCAGCCAGCCAUGGCACAGAUAAUCCAGCCAGACGGUAGCAUGCCGGCGCAUAUGACAGUCGAAGGCCUCCAGCAGAUGCAGAUGCAGAUACCUCAGGACUUCACGAUGCCUCCGCCGUCUACUUUGCCUCACUGGGCACUCCGUAAUACCGUGUUCCAGGUGGGAUUGGAUACCUCGUUUCCACCACCAUCCUCGUCGCCACAUCACCUGAGCAGCAACCCAUCGUCGCCGAUCCAGAGCCGCACAGCUAGUCCGACGAGGAUUCCCCUCAGCAGCGUGCAGCAUCGUAUCAGCCGGAACCAGCAGCCGACGCCGGCGGAGCAGCAGCAGAACACGCGCCAGCAUCCGUCGGAACACCACCAGAGGUCGGAGCGAGAUCCCCAGCAACAACAGUCGCAGCAGCCGCAACAACAGCCCCUAAAACCAGUCGAUGAGUCGAUCCUGUUGAACGUCGAUCAAGCAACGGCACUGACUCAGUUGCAGCAGCUGCGAAAUGGCUACCGACCUAGCCACAAUACGUUGCCUCGGCAGUCCAACAAACUGAGCUACGUGAAUCAUAUUCAAUACCAUCACCAGCAGCAGCAACAGCAGCAGCAGCAGGUUCACCAACAGCAACAGCAACAAUCUGGUUUCCACGGACCAACGAACCCCGGCGCUAUGGGUGGACUUUCAUACGCGUUAAACAACAUUAGUUUGAUUGAUUUGACGCAGAAGUCUAGCAGUGAUUCGGGUAGCUCGGCAGGGGACAUUUCGCCACCAGAAACACCUGGAUUGAGCGCGGUCCCAUCGGCACCGCAAGCGAACAACAACAAUAUCGGAGGCGUGGGAGGUGGAUUGAUUCGAAGUCGUUCAUCGAACAUGGGUAGGAUCAAUGGUGGUCGGCCGGAUAAGCAGCAGCAACAACAGCCGCCUCCACAACAAUUAGGUAGUACUGUGAUAUAUCCUCCAACUGCGGCCCAACAGCAGCAGCAACAGCAACAGCAGCAACAAUUCGUCGGUGGUAGUAACGAUAUAAUGGUAACAUCUGCUACACAAAAUUUAAUUAGUUCUAGUAAUAAUAAUAAUACUAUGAAUAAUAGCAAUGGAGGUAACAAUAGCGUAGUGUCGAACGCUGUAUUGCUAGGAGGUCCGACGCAUACGGCCGGCAAUGCGAAUAUCGUACUAAAUUCCCAGCCACAGUUUACGGCUCCCUAUCCACCAUAUCAUACGGCGCAUUUGGCUGCAACACGACCUGCCCUUAUAACAGCGCACGCAGCGACGGGUCUUCCACCAGGUACUGCAUUCCGAUCGCCGACGGCUGCCUAUCCGACGAUGCAGCACAACGGUGAACUUAUUUACCCUUUCCCGGCCCAGGUGGCAGCUGUCGGUGGGACUAUUACGUUCCUGCAGCCGACACCUCCUGCUCCGUUGACAGCUGGCGGUGGUCCGACCAUGCAAACGAUACGGACUCAACCGGUAGUGCCUGGUUCCCAGAUGCAGCCACCAACCCAGCAACCCCCGCUUCUUCAACAACAACCGCAGAAAAUGCCGACAGCCUACACUUCACCAACAGUCCCUUGCCCCGCGCACCCUCCAAGUGCAACUACUCCCACGGGAGGAUCCGUUGUCGGCGGAAUGUAUUCUUGCCCCGCGCACCCUCCAAGUGCAACUACUCCCACGGGAGGAACCGUUGUCGGCGGAAUGUAUUCUCCGCUUUCCUGCUUCAAUUGUGGUUCUCAGAAACAUAACGGUCUCGACUGCCAAGAAGCUUCCAUGGAAGACGUAACGCGGAAUUCCAUCUACAAGCUGGAUUACAAUGCAUCAAUGAUGGCAGCUGCCGCGGCUGCUGCUGCUUCGUCUGGCGUGUCUCCACAGCAGCUGGUUUCCAUGGGUCUAGUGGCCGGAACAGCACCACCAUCAACUGCAUCAUCACCCGCCACCGCUACUUCCUCGUCUGCCGCCGGGGUCGUAUCGGUCUCAGCAGCCGUACUUUCCUCAUCAUCUUCGUCUUCGUCUUCACCCGCAUCGUCGUCGUCCUCUUCAUCGUCGUCGUCCUCUUCUUCAUCGUUAGCGUCUACUUCGAAUGCGUCCUCGACUACGACGACGGCACUGCCACCAACACAUCAACAUCAACACCAACAGCCGCCACCACAGUCCCAGCAGCAUGGUUCCAACCUUCUAAUUAGCAGUAGUAGUAACAAUAGCUCGCUAGACGUUUCCGCAUCUGUAACAACACAAACAAUAAAUAAUCAAACGGAUAGCAGUAGUAGUAGCACUAUUAGUAAGUGAUUAUCAAUCUAAACUAAUCGUAAAAAAAAGAAUGAAAAAAACACAUAUUCUUUAAGAAGAAAAACUAAUUAAAAGUAACUAGUGAGUAUACUCUCCAAAAAAGGAUAAAAAAAUAAAAAAAGUUAUAGGAAACAAAAACACACAAUAUAAAAAGUCAGCAUCAGCAAAACGAAAAAAAAGAUAAACAAACGGGGAUACAUAUAGUUUUAAACAAGAAAUCAGACAAACAAAAAGGAAUGAUUUUGCUAUUAUGAUUACAAUCAAAAACCCCGGGACAGACAUGUGCUCCUUCCAGUCAGAGCUCUUUUUUUUUUGUUAAUUUAACAAAACAAAAUAGAUAGUGUACUACAAAUGAAUAAAAAAGAACAAACUAAAAAACCACUAUAUUUCGAUCGAUUGAUUGUUUCAACUUUUUGUCAUGAACGUUGUGUGCCAUGUUUUUUUUUCAACUGAUUGUUAUUUUAAAUGGAAACGCCCCAGCAAAAAAGAAACAAAAAAAAAACACGAGAAAUUAUUAGGAAUGAAAAGUAAAAAGUGGUGUAAUGAUGCUGGUGACAAACCGAUUUUUUGAAGCUGAGCUUAUGUUUUAGAAUAUAAAUUAAUAAAAGUUAUAAAAUUCGAAGAAACGAAAUCAUAAAGACUUGGUACUGACUGGUGUUAUGGAGCACAUUCGAUUUAAACACAAACAAACACACACACACAUUUAAAAAAACACACCUAGAGACAACACAUAAACAUACUCACGCAAACGGUGGGGUUGAACGUAUCUUAUUGAUUAGGAUGAAAUCCCGCGCUCCGCAAGGCUAGAAACUCAAUUGGACAAAGAGAGUUUUGUUUUGCGUUUUUCUUGUUUUUGUUUUUUUUUGUAUAGGACCCCGGAAACAAAACAUGUACUCAGAAUAUUUAUUUUUAUAUACAACACAUAAUACACCUACUUCCUAAACGUGUAUUUUUUAUAUUUUGUCAACAAACAGCACGAUUAUCGCUAGAGCAGCGUGCGUGCUUUGCUAGUAGACCCUUUCCUUUUUUGCAUCCUCUUACAAUUGUCUAGAAUUCUAAUUCUACUUAGUAUAGCAAACAAAAAAAGAAUUGUAAAUGAGUAACCUACUAGGAAAGAAACAAAUAAAAAAAAUCAUCCUUCUUCGAAGGAAACCGAAAAAGGUCCCUGAAUCCUUCGGCAAAACGAGAUGUGGAUGGGACCCACCGAUAAUCAGGAACAAAAUGAAACGAAAAGUGAAAUCGGAAGCAAAACCGCAAAAAACAACAGCAUACACACUUAUCCAAUGUUUAUUUAAAACUUAGUUAUGAUUUGAUGUAAUACACAGUGUAAAUGUACUUGUUGAUAAGGAUAA